CAGAAACUCAACCUUACCGGUACCAAUUAUAUCGCCCAACAGCCUAAUUGGGUCAAGGACUACAGGAAUUAUACAUACAAAACAUCGCUUCCCAUGGAUGAAGCAAGUCGAACUGAGCUUGGCGUUGGGUCGAACGCUUCAUGGUACUCGGGACCACAACAGUAUCGAAUGCAUUCAAAGAGCACUCAGCCUCCGAUCCUGGGCCCAUGCAUUGUCACGAAGCCUCAGACAUAUCUCCGUGCGGGGGAUUUAAAUUUUACUGCGCAUUUCAAAAGGUUCGUGUGUGGCUAGAUCGGGUUGGACCCAUGGGCCUACGCCCCUCAAAUGAAUAUAUAAAAACGUUGAGACAGUUCCAUCUAGUUGUCCUCUAUUUUCAAGUCUCUCAUUACACAUAAAGCCAGCUGUUACUCCUGCUCUACUAUAUUCCAUCGCUUUGAAUCCAAGUCUUUCGCUUCAAGAUAUCAUCACCAUCGACAAUAAUUCAUAAUGCGUUUCACUCUCGCAUCUAUCGCCGCGCUUGCAGCUGUAGCAUAUGCCCAGUGCGGACCCAACUUCGACAACAAGAUGUGCGAAGCUGGACAAUGCUGCUCUCAAUACGGUUGGUGCGGAACCACCCAAGAAUAUUGUGAUGCCGCUACCUGCAUGAAACAAUUCUCUGGAGCUCAAUCAACCUGCAACAAUGGACAACAAUCUGGCCAAAAUCCUGUCCAGGCUCCUGGUCAAGCUCCUGGUCAAAACCCUGGUCAGACCAUUGGCGAGGUUCCCAAUAUCGAUGUUUGUGGUAAUGCUCAGGGAGGGAUCAGCUGCCCCGGUGUCGGUUUGAAUGGUUACUUCUACCGAUGCUGCUCAUCUGCCGGCCACUGUGGGCCGAAGAACGAUCUUCAAGAUGAAGCCAUGUACUGUGGAACGGGCUGCCAGGCAGGAUUCGGAAAGUGCAAUAGUCAACCAAAGCCUACUCAGUCCCCUUCAAACGCCGGGACUGCACAGUCUGGAGAAACCUGCGGGCCCAUCGUGAACAAGAGGUGUGCUUCUGGCCUUUGCUGCUCAGGAUCCAAUUUCUGUGGUACUGGGCCGGAAUUCUGUGGUUCCGACAACUGGUGUCAGUCUAACUGGGGAAAUUGCUCUUAGAGUUCCCCAUUUCCUGGAGCGAAAUCGUUAGAGACAAGAGUCCCUGUGGUUGGCUAGAAAAUGUUGCAGUUUGUCUUGAGUAGCGUUUUUCCUUUCACAAAUAUUCUAUUGAACGUAGACGUAGAGAACCAUGU